AUGGCUAAAAAGCUAGGUGAAAUAACAGCUAAAUAUCGAUGGUUUGCUGUUCUUUAUAUAGUCUGUUCAUUCUUUGUUAUUCCUUUGAUUGUUUUUGGUCUUUCACUUGCUGGAUGGUAUGUUUUUGGUGGUGUUCUUGGUCCAAUAGUAUUAAUUAUUAUCUUAAUUAUUCUAAUAAAUAUUCUUCAAAGAUACAAACCAAAGUUUUUACCAGCUCCAUUGCGAACAUGGUUAUGGUUACCAGUUCCUUUUCGAUCACUUGCUUUUUAUGAUCGAUGUUUAUUUAGUAAAAAAUGUUUUCAAUGUAAGAAAAAAGUCCAUUUAAUGACAAAUAAUGAAAAUAUUCAUAACAAUGAAACUUAUAUUGGUGACAUUGAAGAAUCCCUAUAG